AUGGAUAUUGCAGGUAUUGUUACUGUUUACAUUGCUAGAAUGACCUUGCCUUAUGCACUACUUAUCUUAGAAGAUCUCUCUUCUAUAACACCUUAUCAUUCCUGGAUAGAUAGCGACCAAGAAAGUCAUGAAACCUUGACUAAGAUUGAAGCUAGUUAUCUGCUUAGAAUAGCUGAAGCACAAAAGACUCUUUUUACUACGGAGAAAUCUGUUCUGGAACAUAAAAUCCUGGUCACCAAACUUAUUUUGGAGCUUCACCUUCACAGAGUCAAGAAGAUUCAUUCGGAGGAUUCUAAAGCUUCUCAAACUAUUGUAAAAAUGAAACAUAUUUUGGAAGAUAUCGAGAAUAAAGAUCUUUCUCUUCCUUCUAUGGAGCCAGAUAACGACAUUUCAGAGGAUUUUGAGGAAGAUUUAGAUGAGCUCGACACAGAUGAAGAAAGGCCUGAGCCAGAGCCAGAAUCUAAUGACUUCGACAAGGACACCCAUACCAAGAUUACUUACUAUGAGGAUGGCAAGGAACCUAUACCUAUACGGUUCUGGUUCAUUUUUGUUUCUCCAAGUCUCUUAUGUAUUCAGAGGACAAGCAAACGGACAAAUAAGGGGACAGGUGGACAUGCUACGCAAAUGUUACAAGCAGCAGAUAAAAUUUCGCUAGCCCAAACAAGUUCUACCCGAUUGCCCAACGCAAUAUUUCCUGAAGAUGCUUCACCUAAUCCUAUGGCUCCCCCUGCUUCAAAAUCAAAAAAACCACGGACAAAGGCCAGUAAGAAGAAAGAAGUGCCGGCAGUCUCUGCCUCUCCGAUGUCUGGCUAUCCUGCUCCUCCUAUUCAAACUGCUCGAAGAGUCCCCAAGCCUUCUAUUGCUUCUAUUCAAGAGGUGGUCCUUAGAGAUGAACCGGACGCUGAUAGAGUCACAUUUUUUAAAGGAUGGACCCCUCAAGAAUUGAAUCACUUCAACCCUCAAGAGUCAAACCGCUUGUCGCUAUCUCAAGAAAGUUUGGCACCUUCUCAGGAGUCAAACCAUCUUAUGCCUCCCCGAGAGUCGAACCACUUAGCCUCUCUCCAAGGAGGAUUAGCUGCUCCACUAACUUAUCCAGCGCAUGGAUUGCCUGUACCUCCUCAAGAGUCGAACUGCUUGACACCUCUCCGAGGAGGAUUAGCUUCUUCGCUGCCUUACUCAGUACAUGGAUCGGAAGGCUUUGAAAGAGGAAAUUUUGACAGAGAAGGAUACAGAGGGGGCUUUACUCCUUCAACUAUUAACUCGGGAACAGGUGAUAAUAUGGGCUAUGGAGGACAUAGCGAGCGAAGUUAUGGGGGAGGUAAAGGUGAUGACUUUGAGGGCAGAGGUGCUUAUGGUGGGAAUAGAGCUGACACUUAUGGGGAUUAUCACUAUGAUGAGAGUACAAGGGUUGGAGGUAAUUAUCAACGCGAUAGAGAUAUCAGAGGUGGCGAAGCGAAUAUCGCCAAGAACAAGAUAGGUAUAUGUAGCUGGAAUGGGUUUACGUACGAUGGAAACGCAGGAGCUACAUGGGAUCGAGGAAUGGAAAAUGGUAAUAUGGCCAGUAUGGGAAGUGGGAAAUUGGAAGGUCAUCGGCGGUAUCAAUCUUCCUUAAUCCAUGGAAAAAUUGAAGGUCCACCACAAUAUGCUCGAGUAGUCCCACAGGAACAAGAGCGUAUAGCUCAAUCUCAAGAUAGUCUUGCAGAGCGUAAAAUGCAGCAAGAGUAUGAUCAAGAUUUGUUGCCUACUCGAAAGCAUGCUCCAAAGCCUCCUGAUUCUGAAGCGUUGAAAGCAGAACGUGCUGAGUUUGAGCAUGACCCAGAAGCAAAUGAAGAUGAAGAAGAUGAUUCACCCAACUAUACCAAAGAUCUCCCUAUUACUUCACGCCAAUGUUAUGCCUCUGUCGUACCUGCUGCGGGGUGGAACUCUCAAAAAGGCCCUUUGAAUAUUUCAACGGGUCCCAGUAGAUCAGUUUCACAAUCGUCGCAAUUGUUUUCGCAAUCAGUCUCGCAAUCAUCAGCCCAAUCGCACCUACAAUCAGCCUCGCAGUCGCACCUACAAUCAGCUUUGCAGUCAUACCCAGUCUCACGCUCAGCUUCACAUCCAAUAUCUCUGCUGCCUACGCGACCAGCAUCACCAGACCUUGUAGGAAAUUUCUCAACAAACAUCUCUUCUGAGACUCCAGCUGAUCUGUCUUCAAAUGCAAAAGGAUCACGCAAUAAAGGGAAAAAGCCAGCUUCGACAGAUCCUACAAAGCUUUCCUUCUAUCCGGCGCAAGUUAGAAAAGUUAUUAGUGUCGCUCAAUCCAACAUGCAUAGAGCCAUGGUUCUUGAGGCUCCAUUUUUGACUAUGGAAAAUCAUGAAAAACUUAUCUCGGAUUGUUUGGAAUCAGCUAUCAAAGAUCGGGGAGACAAAGGCCUUCUGGUGGAAGAUGGUGAAUACUUUAAAGACUUGACUCGCUCUUCCUCAACUUUUUAA